GGCAUCUUUGCGAGAGAGCGACUGGAGCGACUUUUCUGACUUUCCGAAGAUGAGCAGCAAUCCCGUUCCUGAGGAAGAGGUGAAACCCAUUCCAGGGGACCUCAAAGCUUUGCCAACCACAAUUGGAAUCGACAAGUCACCACCAGGUGUAUUGCAAGCUUGCAGCCCAUGUUGGCCUGCCCGAGGCCCCACGCAGAAAACUUGGGAAUAUAACAAAGGCAAGCGAGCAGUGAUGGAACAAGGGACCAAGAGUGAGGGAGUGAAGUCGUGCCUCAAGACUGAACCGUCCUGUGCCAACUCUCACAAGCCCCAUUCCAUUCACGUCAUGCCAGCAGUCGACGCGUCCGUCGAAGGUGAUAAACCGAAGGAAGACAAGGGUCCGGAGCUAACGGAAAUCUCGGCAGCAGACCUGGAGCCCGACGCCACUGAGGUCGACUUCAAUCACAGCCGCAUUGGGAAGCUGGAAAACCUGGAGACCCUCAGAUGUGUCGAGGUUUUAAUAUUGAGGGAGAACCUGAUCAAGAAGAUAGAGAACAUCAGCAUGCUGACCACCCUGAAGGAGGUCGAGUUCUACGACAAUCAGAUCACAAAAAUUGAGAACCUCGACUCGCUUGUCAACUUGGAGAUCCUGGACAUCUCGUUCAACCGGCUGAGUCGGAUCGAGAACCUGCACAACCUGGUGAAGCUGAAGAAGCUCUUCCUUGUCAACAACAAGUUGAGCAAGAUUGAGAAUCUGGAGAAGCUGGUGAACCUCGAGAUGCUCGAGCUGGGAUCCAAUAAGAUCAGGGUCAUUGAAAAUCUGGACGCGCUGGUGAACCUGAAGAACCUGUUUCUGGGGAAGAACCGAAUAUCCAAGCUUGAGAACUUAGAGCGGUUGGAGAAAUUGGAGCUUCUCAGCAUCCAGAGCAACCGGAUAGUGAAGCUGGAGGGCCUGGAGAAGAACAGAGAACUCUGCCACCUGUACAUCUCACACAAUGGCAUUGAGCAGAUUGAGAACCUGGAAAACAAUACAAAGCUGGAGACGUUAGACCUAGCAGCCAACAGGAUCAAGCACCUGAAGAACAUUGACCACCUAGUCAACAUCGAAGAGUUCUGGUUCAACGACAAUCAGAUCGAGAGUUUCGAGGAGAUUGAAGUUCUGAAGCACUUCCCCAAACUGGCAACAGUCUACUUAGCCAACAACCCCAUUGAGAAGAACCCAAUGUAUCGGCGGAAGAUCAUGAUGGUGUCACCGACCGUCACGCAGAUAGAUGCAACCAUGUGCAGGAAGUAGCCCUUAAGAAUGAUAAGAGUACCUGUGAAAUGUUCAGCUGGCACUUUUUCUAAUCAAGUCCCACAGUUCAACUCGAUUUUGUUUCGUAAACUGUUACGUCGAGAUUCAACGAAGACUUUAGCAAACUUGCAUCCUUCCUUCUUUCCUUCCAAACAAUGGCUCAAUGAUGCUGGUUUUGGUCUUCAAUAAAAUGUCAUGGGAUGUGUUCUUUCUCUUCACACUAAGGUUAUUGCCGAGGUACUGAAAUAGCCUCUGCUAUUUAGGUAAGAGGCCUAGCUUGUUUGGCUAGGUCUCUCAGCAAAGUUACUUUGUCUUUUGUAGGUCCUUGUGCAAAAUGCUUGUUGACACUCUAUGAUCUCUUUCUACAUGACCUCAUUUUGCCUUUCUUAAUCUUGAGGCUUUUGCACUGAGUCAUGCUUGUCCUCCUGUGGAAGAAGUAAGUUUCUUAAGACUACAGAAGUGAGUGAAUUUUUAUAGCCAAGUCUAGCAAUAUGUAAUUUUGGAGAGUUGUGCAUUUUGUGGAUCUGCAUCGAUGUGUCCACUUUUAAUUUGAAUCUUUAUUUUUGCAGAAGGCAGUAAAUGGACCUUAAAAAAGGUUUUCUAGAAUUGUGGGCCACUAGGUAAUUUUGUACCAUCACGUCUCUGUCGCAGUGUGAUCGAUACAAGACCCAGUUACUUCAAUACACCUUGAACUGCCGCCUUCGGAUGUCAGAAUUUCCAAUGCAAGCAAAGUAUUCUAGAAGAGUGUUGCAUGACAGUGCUAUUUGUGAAGCGAAGUGCAUUUAUAAUCGAUCGCGUUCUGCUAUUGGUUUAAAUUCUUUGGGGAUCUUGUUUUGGUGUCAUCCGUAAGGUCGUGUUGUUACUUGCAUGCAGUCUGCAGUGCGCAACUUGUCUUCUACAUUAAACAUUUGGACUUCUGAAUAAAAAAUAUUAUUCUUA